AUGGAGCUCGCGUGCUCUGAAUUCACUGCCGUCAAUGUUGGCUCCAAUUUCGAACAACCAGAAGACAUCACCGAAUACUUCUCUCUACAAGCUCCACCAAACACAAACAUAUGGCGCAAACCAUCAGCCUCGGACGACACAACCGCACCCAUGGUGUUAAAGCGCCUACACCAAUCCUUCAUCCUCGCCGAGGUCACCGUCUCAGCUGACUUCGCCAUGGAGUUCGAUCAAGCUGGUCUGGUCAUCUUCGCUGGCUCGCUGGCAGAUUCGUCAACAUCUAGAUCGCCUAUCAUUCGUCGCAGUCCAAGGUACCCUAGAGGAGGACCUGUGACUCCUGCCACGGGGAAGUGGGCAAAGGCCGGUCUCGAGUUCACCGGAGGAGAACUCCACGCCGCCUCCGUGGUCGCCAUAUCGCCCUCAGGUGCUGACUGGUCGUCCUCGGCAAGGAUGCCAUCUCCAUCCAGCAUAUUCGACCCUUACUCCUUGACAGCUCAAUCUCUACGCAUCAAAUUUGAGCGCGUCGAUGAAUCGCUGUGGAUUUGGUUUCAGGUUCCAAACCUCACAUCAUCUGAGAACACCGACACUUACUCUGGUCCCGGCUAUGGCCGAGGACGAAGUCCUGAAGUGGUUGGCUCUGGCUGGAGGAAAAUGCGCGAGAUCAUGGGAUUUUUCGGUGGCAUCGAGCAGAAAGGGAACGUCUGGGUCGGCUGCUAUGCCAGCAGACCCAUGAAUUUCGAACCCAGUAAUCACUGGGAAGAGGUCGAUCAGCUCGUCGCCGAAUUUGAGGACUUGGAUAUAUUAUAA